AUGGAAACGGCAAUUUCAAACGAACCACCCUGUAUAUUAUCGGCUUGGGAGCCGAACAUAACCAGAUUCGCUGGUAAAUAGCUCGGCCAUCCUCCAUAGCCUAUUCCCGAUACUACGAACACCGGCGGUAACUCGCCGAUUAUAUAUCUCGUGUACUUAUGCGCCGGUGCACGAGAUAUUUCAGUUAGCUAGUUACACCGAGCCAGUUGUGUUAAGAUCGCUAUCGCAAGGUUGCCGGUCGGCAACUUCCACUUGUUACUCCUAGUCGUUAAGCGUGCAUGCCUCGCGUUGCUCUUCGGCCACCGUCGUCCCCGUGGAAACUCUGGCUCCCUUACACUUGUUACCGAUCCCUUGGACCUGGAAGAAUCUCUUUUUGCGCCGCUAAGCCGCACCUCGACAAUCCGCCAUUUGGAGUAUAACUGGCUCGAGUGGUGGAAAGGGUUUUUGAUCUACGUCAGAGGAUCAUUGUUGACCGAGAGAGAAUAUCGCGAGGUAUUAUAUUCAUCUGUCCUUUGGUCCACAGGCUUAAAUUCCUUUCAUUUCCUGCGGAGCAGUUCGUUUCUUUUUAAUUGAGGAAGCGUGCGUUUCUAAUGGAAAUCUUUGCAUUUAAAUAUCAGUUUUAUUUACUUGAUCAAAUGGGAGGAGUUACUUUGGAAAGUUAUUGUUCAUAGAAUACUCUGAAGUGUUUGAAGUGCCUCUAUUAUUUUUAAUCCAGGCUUUAUCUCUUUGCACGGGUGCUUUUUUUUUUUUCUUAAGGGAAACAUGAAUUAUUAGGAAAUUUUCUUGAAAUUGUUAGGAAUAAUCUUCUUUAUUGAAUGAAAUAUUUCUUGUUAAAGCAACUGCAGAUAUAGAUAUCUUUUAUAUUUUAUAUAUUUAUUCUUGUGGAUUUUGGAGGUUCGCAAUUGGCCACAGUCCUCUUAUUGAAUCUCUUUUAUUAGAAAAGCACAUAAUAGAAAUUUUUUAAUAUAAUUUUCUACAAGGAAUAAAUAAAAUGGUAUGGAUAAUUGAGGAUGUUUUUUGCGUUAAAGAACGUUUACACUAACAGAAUUUCCUAGGAAAAUUAAGUAAAAAAUCCAUUUUUUUUACAGCCAGUUUAGAGACACUGGACUUGUCGCUGUCCCUACAGGACUAUCAUCUCCAGGAAGUUACCUUGUAUGCUAAGCAAGGCAGAACGCUAGGCUCAGCACUCAGUACUCAAGAUAUAAUGGCUUUGCAAAGGCAAGAAGAGCGGCGUAGGCAACAGGCGAAGCAAGGUGUCUUUGGAUUUGUGUUCAAAAAAUCCAAAGAGGGUUCGUUGAGUACUGACAGUCUCGGAGGACGUAGUGCAUCACCGGCAAGGAGCGAUGAAACUGGAAGAAGCACCAGUCCUUUGCAGCCGCCUACCAGACCUCAGAGAAAGCGAAGACCCGCGCCAAAGCCGCCUGCUCAGGCUCAAGCAGAAGUUAGCCAAAUAUGGUGUCGACUGUUUCAGGGUACAGAAGAAAACUCUGGAGACUCUAGCAAGGACAAGGUAGUGAUCAGUCACAGUCGCAACAGCAGCGAUAGUUCAGGUUACCACGAAGCUUCUGUGUUGAGUGACAAUCCAGAUUCCGCUGGAAGGCUUCCGGAAACGUUGCCCAGGAGGAACAAGGUCCCAUUGGAAAUGCCCAGGAAAUUAGCUCAAACGUCGCAGUCCAGCAAGAGUUUGAGCAACCUGGCCUCCGUACCUGGUACGCUUAGUCACGGAAUUAGCAGUACCUCGUUGAGUUCCACAGGUGUAGAUCUUUUCUUUUACCUCCUUAGAGUUCUUUUUUUAACUAAAUUUUAUCCUGAAUUGUGUUUGGUGGAAGAAAUUGUAAAUGGAUUACGAAAGAAAAGAGUUGCACCUCCUCCGCCAGUAACCAGGCCCUUGUCGUCCGCCAUCUCCACCCAAGCGCUAGAGCGCAUAGUCGACUCCGAGGAGUCUCUGACUUCGGACAUGGAUCCUUCCAAGCCUCCUUCCGACAUCGGCGCCUCGUCCAAAGCGAACUCGGACAUAGAAGAGCGUCCGAAAGCCAGCUCGGACAUAGGCGUAACAACGAUCGGCUCGAAACUGACCUCCAGCAUUGAUUUCGCCAAGCCAGACAGCUCUAAAGCGGAAUUAGAAUCGAAGAGCGACAAGUGUGAGCGUGAACCGCGCCACAGAUCCGGAUCCGUGAACGUUAAGUUAUCCAGCACGGAGCCAGGACACCUUACACCCGUAGAAGAUGCUCCUGUAGAUUCUAGACUGCCGUGGAAAAGAGGUAAGCUAGUGCACAGCUGCGGUAGCAUAGAUAACAGCCUCUCUUCCUACAGUUUCGUGUCCACGAACAGCUUUGAGCACGUAGGGGAUGGGACAUGUUCUGUCAAAAGGCGUACGAGCCUCUUCGAUCCGGAGAAACUCAAAUUGCAGGCGAAGAUCGAGGAGUGCAGGGCUGAGCGUAGAAACAGCGAAUUGUUCGAAAAUCUCGAUGAUUCUUUCUUCAAGUACAGGUCCACUAGAUACAAAGUUAGUUCUUCAGAGUCGAAAAAAAACUCUGCCAGGUCGCAGGCUAAGCUACAGAAGUCUCAAAGCUUUGCUUGUUCCAACGUAGCCACUUCAAGGGCUAGACAGUGGACCAAAAUGCGCAGUCUGUCCGGUAGUCAGGAUAUCUGUAAUCAGAGUUCGUUUAAGUGUCAAAGUAGAUUGGUUAAGAUGCAGACUUUAGUUAAUUUGGAUAACAUAGAUACCAAUAUCAAGGGCAUACCAGAGUGCGCUGUCUUGGACAGUGAAUUUAAUUCUAAGAAAGUCCACGUGAAUAAUUAUACCUGUGAGAACAAAUAUCAGGCUAGAGCGUUGAAGCAUAGUUCCAGCUUUCAAGUAGGUUGCAAAUUAAGAGAGACUAGAAUAGUGAACACCUUUGAGAAGCCAAAGUUAUUGAGCUCCAGGAGUUUCAGCACUGGCAAUAGAGUUUCUGAAUCGAGUAAGCAACCGAGAUUAGGAAACGUUAGUACAACGAAGUGUUUCAACGGUUCUAUUUCUUCCAGUAUCGAUGGAGAUACUGUCCAGUUCGAGAAUUCAAUUAUAGGCAACCGUAGGUCCAAUCUGUCACCACCUCCGUUGAGUAAUCUCCAGAUAUUUGCAAUUUCCACUAAACCGUUGGACAUUCCAGUGACAACCAUAGACACUGUUCCUAGUGACGUAGAUAAAUUACCUUCUUUACCUAUUAUCCAACACAGUGAGUGUAGAUUAGAAUCUGAGAAGAAGCUAAGUAUCCUAGAGCCACCUCCACCUGGUUUGGUCAGUCGAGAGGAGUCCACUGAAAACUGGAACAGGUUUUUAGUUCAGUUGAAUUCAAUACUGGAAAGCAGGGCCGGAGAAUUUUUGGAGAACCUGUUCCACUUCCCAAGCCUAGAAAAACCGUCGCAGUGCGGCCCGAGGUGUCGAAACGCAAGUUAGCACCGCCUUCCCCGUUGAGUAGAACCCUCAGUUCAGACUUCAGCUAUGUAGACUGCUUGCCCAACGUCCCUGCGCACCCCCGUACUGGAAAUUUCACGACCAACGCGAGUUCCAAUCUCACCAACGGAAAGAUCAGCAUUGAGUCCAGCUGUGGAAGCUUUGUCGCUGGUGAAGAGAUGCUGGAGGUUUGUUCCAAUUGCACUACCAGCGAAGACGAAGUGUUCAUGACGCCUGAAUAUCAGAGUGAAAGAAGCUUCAAUUACAAUCCGGUAGUCUUGGAGGGAAAGAACGAAACUGAACUUACUGAUAAUAAUACCGAUGAUAGAGCCAACAAUGAAAGAAAGUUGAGUAUCAAUGAGGAUCGAGAAAGUGUAGAAGCUUCUUCAACUAGUGAUGGAGCUAUUGAAGAAACAGAAUCGAACAAAGUAAAUGUAGAAGCUUCUUCGACUGGCGAUAAAGCUGAUGAUAACAGGGAAUUGAACAUAAACGAGGGUGAAGUGAAUGUGGAAGCUUGCUUAAACCAGAAUUCUACGCUUGUGAGAACCAAACGAGGUUCAGUGGAUUCGACGAAGAGUGUUUCUGGUCAAGAGAAGAAACUUUGCGCUGUGAUCUCUACCAUGCCAAAGUGUGACCACCUGUCUUCCUUGAAUGUCAAGGACACGCUUGCCCAAGGUAAAGAGUGGGAACCGAAGAAGGCCCGGAUUCCUCGGACAGCUUCCAAGUCCAACGACUUUGAAGUGAACACGUUGGAGAGACAGAAGAGACACUUGACUUCUCACGCGGAGGACAUCACGUUUGCUCUGAAUCUCAAUGUAAAUCCAAAUUUGUUGCCCGAUCAAUUAAAGGAGCUUGACACAGAUCUUGAACAACGGCCGGAGGAGGAGCAGGAUACUGAGUCUCGAGAUGUGGGUGGAGAAAAAUCCUGCGUUGCAGUGGGUUUGUCAGACGCAAAUCUGUCGGAGACCGAUGUGCUGCUUCAGAAAGUAUCUGACACUCUGUCUAAUUCUCUACCAUCCAGUGAGACACCAGUGCCUCCAGCGGAGACUAAAUCAGAGCCACCAAAUGUUUCCAAGGAGGCAGAUCAGAAGAGCAAAAAGAAUACCGAGUAUCCCAAAGGCUUUGACAUGAACACAAGCUCGCCGAAUCUGACUGUAAACUCUCAGCAAGAUACGUCAGACUACGUAUCAGCAGUCGACGAAGACUUGUCCGUCACAGACUGGGAGUACCAACUUCCAGCUCCUCCGAGUGCCUUCAGAGACCCUGCUUUGCCUGUUUUCGACAACUUCGAAGUGAUUCCGCCCUCGUCAGAAUCCUUCAGAGAUGCAGAAGCUAACGAGUUGAUCUCGAAUUCGAGCGAGAAAGACAGAAGGAGGAUCACAGAGAAUAUAGACAGACAAGAAAAACACACCACGCUGACGAAAUCUUUCAAACAGCCAAAGUUAGAGUCCGGCAUGAGAAAGGAGGUUAUUUGCGAGCUGGAGAAUAAAAUAGGUGCUUUGCCCCAGAAAGAUGUGGUGGACUCCAACAGGAGGUCGUCAAAUCCCUCAACUCCGAAAAUCGCGCCUGUGGACAACACACUGUCGAACUUUACGAUCACGACGUACAGCAAGCAGAAGAACCUCAAUAUAUUUGAGGAAGUAGAGCAGUCGAGAGAGAAUCAGAGAUUCGUUAAGUCCUUCGCGACUCUGUCUAGGAACAGGAACAAUUCAAACGAGAGGGACGACAAGAACCUGAAGGAAUUCAGUGUUGGAACGCCACAAGAGAAAAAGAAUAUAACACCAGGAGAAGAUCAGCUGAAUGAGAAGAAGCUGGAACCAAAGAUACGAACGGAGUCCCUGCAAAGGUGGCAGUCUGGUAACGACAAGAGCAAUAUUCAGAGAUCUAAGAGCUAUGUAUCCGUGUGUGACAAACCCAACUUCCGGGGGAACGUGUACGAGGAUGAAAGUGUUAAGAACGAGAAGAACCUGGAGAUGGACGACAUUGGAAUGAAAAAAGCAACUAGUAUUAAUAAUUUGAACGUAGCCCCGACUAAAAAUAAUGAGAAAUGGCGGGAUAAUAUUCUGAAGCGGCCUACCAAAGAAAAACAACUGCAAUCUGUACAGAUCCGAGACCUUGUCCAAUGUACAUUCGACCGAAUCGAAUGCAGUUCCGUCUCGUGAGUCUCAGACGGCACCAAACAACAAGGACGUAGAGCUAGAAUCCAAAAGACCGAUCCCAGAAACGAACACGAAACGAUACACUUACUCAGGACCUCCUAUGAUCAAUUUAGGUAGUUGGUCCGAACGACCGAGUAUCAAUGUCCAGAUAAAAAUGGACACAGACUACAAAUUCGGAGUGAAACAAGCCAGCAACAGAACAAUCAUCAAUAUAAGUGACUCCAAAGAUGAAGUCGAUUCUUUUAAAGACGUCGACAGCCCCAUCAAAAUACAGAAAAGUAAAUUCGAGAUUAUAGAGAAAAAGGAGCCGAACGAGUUGACUAAGAAAUUGAUCACUCAUACAACAGCUACAGGCUUCAAGAAGCCAGUAUUAAAUAAGGUAAACAAUUCAGUGCCAAAAGUCACUAACGACAGACCGGUUGUAACAGGGGUAGAGCUGAAAAAGAGCUUCCUUGAGAACAAGCAGGAUGACAGCAUGAUAGACACCACUCCAGUGAAUUUCAGAGAGUUGACGAAAGCGUUCGGUCAAGAUGUUUGCAUCCGAGCGAAGCCAAAAAGGGCCAGUAUAAUUCCACGCUCAGAUUCUCAAUUGGAGAGUGAUAGCAAUAAACAGAAUGGACAUAAUCUGGAUCAGUGUUUAACAAAUGGCCAUCAGAACAACGUACCGAAGAGGUUCACUUCGGUAGUGGGCAUUCAGGGGCAGAAUCAAAGCAACUUGACGUUCAGAAAUGGCACAAACGCGAAAGGAAGUCAGUCACUGCCUGUUGUGAAAGGAUUUAAAAUUUCGAACGCAAAGAUCGACGGAGGUCAACGUCAUGAGAGUCACAUUAAUGCGAUAAAAGAAGGUAGUUCGAAGGAGGGAGUGAAGGAGGACGGUACUAAAGGAUCGUCCAAAGAAUCAAAUGGCAUUCCGAGACCCCCCACAAUGCCGGUAAUAACAGGCGUGACUUUGAAAAGUGCCAGACCCAAGUCGGUGCCCAUACAAAUUGAUCAACGAGACAUUUUGUUGGAAUCGAUACGGAACUUCGGUGGUCGUGAGAAUUUGAAGAGCUUGCAGGCUGCAGAAAGAUGUUAACUGUCUUUCAGGAAACGUUCCUAUCCGAGGAUAAAGUUGAGAGAGAAAUUGUCGACCGAAGAUAUAUUACUGCUGAAGAGAUAUUCUGGUGCUUUAAAUCGUACAGUCUUAGUGAUAAAACAGCGUUUGACAAUCGUCGGUGUAACAGACGGGACAAAAAAUCUAUUUCUGUAUACUUUUUAAUCCACUGUUGAAAAACCAUCCAUAUAUGUCCCGUAUUUUUAUAGCACUUUCUCGUCAAUUGUCAAACCUAAUUUUUUUUUUUUUUUUUUUUUGU